GGCUUUUUCAUCGAACAAAAAUGUACUGUUAGCAUUCAUAAAAUUUCGAAGAUUUCAUCUAACUUUAUCUCUUUAGCAAAAAAAGCAAAAUUAGUCCCCCUUGGAAAGUGAUAAAUUGCCGAAGCUGCCCAAUCCCUUUACCUGGGCAGACCAUCCACUGGGCUAUGUUGUCAACCGAGUGGUCGGUCGACUGUGCGACUUCCCCUUUAUAAGUCUAGAUAUCCCUGAUACCGCAGAGUGUAUGUUUCAAGGCGCAUGCAUUAUGUUCUCAUCGCGAACAAGGAUCCCAAUUACGAAAAGUGCUGGCGUGUCCCAGCAAUACACACAUAAUCGAUCGGUUUCUUCAAGCCACUCCUCCACAUCCACUCAUCUCGGAUCGCUUUCACCGGAUCGUGAGAAACGAUUGGGAUUCUUUUCUGUCAUUUCUCCUGUCAUUUGUCUGAGCGAUCAAGUUGAUUUUAAUACGUUUCCUGCUUUGAAGGCAAGCAAACAUUUAUUCCGUCAUCGGCAGUCCAUUUAGUGAUAUCUCAACUGUCGAACGUCACUUCAAAAGCGUCCCAACAUGCGGUGGCUUCAAAGUGGAAUCAUGUCGUUCAUGGCCUUAUUUGUCUCCACAGCCUCUCAAAUAAAUCAAAAUCAAACCAAAGAUCUAUGGCAACCUGAGAUCGAACCAGAGUUGAGGAAACGAGAGCCAAGCAAUGGGAUUCCAGGAUACCAAGAUUUGUUUUCCGCUCGACAAAAUAUUGACGGAUCUGCAUUGGCCAAUUCAGAGUCCGCCGCCAUGAUCGCCCUGGCUCUGGGUGGAGCACUGGCCUUAGGCCUGGGCCUGGGCGAUGCUGAAGUCCGGAGAGCCACACUUAAGGCUGACCUGGACGCUGCCAAUGCCAAAAUCGCCGCCUUGGAAGCCAAAACCAAUGCGGGUUGCUCGGAUCUGCAAACUGUGGUGUCCACAUUGCGGGCUGCUGCCACUUUGUUGUUAACUGCCAAUCAGAAUGUGGUGGUCGUGGGACCAGUCAUAACUCCGCGACAACUACCCAUUAUCCCGGGCAACGACUUGGACACGUUUCUGAAUCAGUUUCUGGGUCCAUUGCCCACCACAGUUUGUACUUGAUGCAUGAUUAAUAAGUAUAACACACGCCGAUAAGGUCAUAUGAAUAAACUAUUUGUCAAUGAUUUAGGUGAGUUUCACAUGGUUUCACUUGUCUUAAUUUAUUGAACAAUGUGAUGCUGUCGAAAAAUACCAAUUAUGGCUACAUUUGAAUAUCAUUUACGUGUCAUCAAAGCCCGACUUUUUCCACCUGCGAUCGUGGAGAAUUGUAACAAUUCUGCUCGUUACGUGCUCGAUCAGUUAUU